AUGAUGCCUUCCCGCGUGCCGUCCUUUCCAGCUGCUGCUGGAUCCUCCGCGUCCUCGCUGCGGGCGCACCCGUACCAGAAUAUCUCUGGCGCGGCGGCGCCACAACAGCUCCUCCAUCAUCCGCACGCGCCACGCCGAGGCACGCAGCCGUUUUCCUCUUCCUUUUCGCUCUCUUCUCCGCCUCCACCGCCUCUCGCGGGCGCUGGGUUUUAUCACACGUCUGGGCAGUUCGGGGGCUCCGCAGUCCCCUCUUCGCCCGGCCUUCCCCCCCUGCGGGUGAAGCUUCAAAAACUCGAAGUGCAGGUCUCCUCUUUUCCGCCGGCGAAGCAAGCGAACCUCUUCUGCCAAGUCUGCUCAUUCCCUUUUGUGGAACGACACCGAACACUUCCCUGCUACCAUGUGGUGUGCGGGCAGUGUGCCGAAGAAAUCCAGGCAGUCGGCAAAUGCGCCAGAUGCGACGCGAAUGUGACGCGGCUGCAGCCGCUGCAUCCCGCGGACGAUACCCACGUCUGCCACGACGCGGAGGACUGCGGCUGCGUGUUUCUGAAUUCCAACUCGCGCGCCUACCACGCUUUCGUGGCGCAUCAGCUUCCCGUUUGCGCUUCCGCAGCAGCGUCGCUGGCGUCUGCGCCGCGCGAGGCAGAAGAGGAAGGCGUCCGUCGCCUUCUCGAGGUGAUUCGAGAAGUUGAGGAACGACGCGUCUCUGCCGCGGCUGCGCGCGUCCUGCCGCUGCCUUCGGCUGUCUCUCCCGCGGCGGCUGCGUCGGCGCCGUCCUCCGUGAACGCGCCACCGCACGUCGCAGAGGCCUCUUCUUUGGGCGUGAGCGCCUCUUUUGCGGCUCCUCCCUCGUCGCUCGCCUCUGCCGCAGCGCUGCGAGGGCUGCAAGUCGCGGCGCAGUCUCCGGCAGAGGACAGUGCGGAGAAGCUCCCGCCGCAGGGGGGCAUGGCGCAGUUGGCCGCGUCUCAGCCGCGAGGCGCCGCACGUUUCGCCAGGAAAAGCGUAGAGCAAGAAUACGCGGCGGGCUCCGCGGCGGCGUUCGCAGCGCUGACCGCGGGAGGCGGCGAGAGAGCCGGCAGAGAAGAAGGAAAGCCGCAGGCCGCGCCGCCUCCUGCGCGAGGAUCGGUCUCUGCGGCCGCCGUGGAGGAAGAAGACGAGGAUCUUGAGGGAGUGCUUUAA